AUGCGAACCUCACUCAGUGCAGGCUCAGGUCAGUGCGCUGAUGGCUGGGAAUCCUUUAAUGGGACAUGUUACUACUUCUCUCAUGAUACAUUAAACUGGACUGCGAGUAGAGAAAGGUGUGUCUCAGAUGGUGGGCAUCUGGUGAUCAUAGACAGCUGGGAGGAACAGGUGUUGGUGACUAUGUCUCUUUCUAAUUUUUGCUCCAUCUUGCCUGAGCUCAACAGGAUUCUAUGUCACCUGCGAGCCCACACAAGUCAGUUCACUUCCUCUACAACUGACGCUGUUUCGUCACUCAACUUGAGAGAACUGGACAAGAAGAAGCGCAAUGCAUACGGUACUCAAGUCCUGAUGAAGAUGUCUGAAGAGGUUGUCUACUCCGCUGUAAAGCUAAAGAGUAAUAGAGAGCCCGAGAACACGGUAACUAAAGAGCAAAGAAAAGAAAACGAACACAUUGGUGACAUAGAAUAUGGUGCUGUCACUUUUAGAAGAAAUGAGAUGAACAAGCAAAGAGCACAUCCAAAAGGGGGUUGUAAAUAUCUCAGGCUGGCUGUUGGCACUCUCUUUACUCUGCUUAUAAGUGUGGCCAUACUGCUGUGCAUAAUGUUUGCAGGCUCUGUAGCAGGUCAGUGCACUGAUGGCUGGGAAUCCUUUAAUGGGACAUGUUACUACUUCUCUCCUGAUACAUUAAACUGGACUGCGAGUAGAGACAGGUGUGUCUCAGAUGGUGGCCGUCUGGUCAUCAUAGACAGCUGGGAGGAACAGAUUUACAUCUCAAGGAAAUUAUCAAACCAUACAAAGGAUGAGUUCUGGAUCGGUUUGACAGAUUCUGAGAAAGAGGGACAUUGGAAGUGGGUGGACAACACUGAUCUGAAUCUCAUGUUCUGGCACAAAGGCCAACCAAACAAUCAACCAAGUGGGGUCGGCAAUAAAACAUACACCUCUGAGGACUGUGGCAUAGUGAGACAUGUGCAACAAGAUGAACACAACUGGUUCGAUAAGUAUUGUGGUUCAGUUGUGAACAGAAUAUGUGAAGCCCAAUUCUAAGAGAGGAAUCCAUCAGAACCCACAGCUUUUUCUCUUUGUCCAGGUUCUGGCACCGCAACCAACCAAACAACCAAAAAGCAGGUCCUGGAGAGGACUGUGGCA